AGAUCCGGCCGGAGGGGAAGCUCGACGUUGCCUUCCUUCCUGGUUCCUGCAGCAGCACCGGCAGCUGGUGCCACUGCUCCACUCCGCGGAGGGAGCCGGCGGCUUGCAGAGAGGGUGACUCAGAGGUGGAGCAGCACGGCCAAGCACGGGCGCCCAUGGACCCUGGGGGCCCCAUCAGGACCAGGUGACAGACAUCCCCACCCUCCCACCCUGCUCCACAUCCUCCACAGGGAGUGGCCUCUCCCUCCUCCAUGGACUUCCAGGAGAGGGACACCCCGUCCCUGGCGGACAGCACUCAGUCCUCGAAGCCCAGCAGUGGCCAGCAGGGCUCGGAGCUGUGGGAGGUGGUGGAGGAGCCCCGGGGCAGGCUGGGUACGGAGGGUGUCAGGCCCCAGCGGCAGGAAGGCCACCUGCUCAAGAAGAGGAAGUGGCCGCUGAAGGGCUGGCACAAGAGGUACUUCGUGCUUGAGGACGGGAUCCUCCACUAUGCAACGACCCGGCAAGACAUCACCAAGGGGAAGCUCCACGGCUCCAUCGACGUCCGGCUGUCGGUCAUGUCCAUCAACAAGAAGGCCCAGCGCAUUGACCUCGACACCGAAGACAACAUCUACCACCUCAAGAUCAAAUCCCAGGACCUGUUCCAAAGCUGGGUGGCCCAGCUUCGUGCCCACCGCCUGGCCCAGCGCCUGGACGUGCCCGGGGCCAGCCAUCGCAAGGCUCCUGGCACCCAGGUCCUGACAGCGGGCAGCACCUCAGCCCUGCCGGGGGUCGGACCUCAGGAGAAGGUGUCUUCCUGGCUGAAGGACAGUGACGGGCUGGACCGCUGCUCUCACGCGCUCUCCGAGUGCCAGGGGAAGCUCCAGGAGCUCCACAGGCUCCUCCAGAGCCUGGAGUCCCUGCACCGCAUCCCCUCGGCCCCUGUGAUCCCCACGCACCAGGCCUCGGGGACCACCGAGAGGCCCAAGAAGGGCAAGCGGACCACCCGCAUGUGGUGCACACAGAGCUUCGCCAAGGACGACACCAUCGGACGGGUUGGUCGGCUCCAUGGCUCUGUCCCCAACCUGUCUCGCUACCUGGAGUCCCGGGACUCCUCGGGCCCCCGGGGGCUGCCACCCCCAGACUACGCCCACCUGCAGCGCAGUUUCUGGGCCCUGGCACAGAAGGUGCACGGCUCCCUCAGCAGCGUCCUGGCGGCCCUCACCUCGGAGCGGGACCGACUGCGGGAUCUGCACCAGGGCUCCCAGCCGUCCAGUCUAGGGGUCCCGGGGACCCUAGCCGGGCAGCCUCGCCUCCACUCGCUCUCCAUGUCCUCAGACACCACGGCGGACUCCUUCAGCUCCCUCAACCCGGAGGAGCAGGAAGCUCUGUACAUGAAGGGGCAAGAGCUGACCCCACAGCUGUCCCAGAGCAGCGUGCUGUCCCUGGCCGAUUCUCACACGGAAUUCUUUGACGCCUGCGAGGUCCUCCUUUCCGCCAGCUCUUCGGAGAACGAGGGCUCGGAGGAGGAAGAGGAGUCGUGCACCAGUGAAGUCACCACCAGCCUGUCAGAGGAGGUGCUACAGCUCAGGGGAGCCGAGCCCUAUCAGAAAGGGAGUGCCCCGGGCCCCCCGCGCCGCCGCUGCCUGCCCGCUGCCAGCGGGCCAGGGGCCGACGUGAGCCUGUGGAACAUCCUGCGGAACAACAUCGGCAAGGACCUGUCCAAGGUGUCCAUGCCGGUGCAGCUCAACGAGCCGCUCAACACGCUGCAGCGGCUGUGCGAGGAGCUGGAGUACAGCAGCCUCCUGGACCAGGCCAGCUGCCUGGCCGACCCCUGCGAGCGCAUGGUGUACGUCGCGGCCUUCGCCGUCUCGGCCUACUGCUCCACCUACCACCGCGCCGGCUGCAAGCCCUUCAACCCGGUCCUGGGGGAGACCUACGAGUGCGAGCGCCCCGACCGCGGCUUCCGCUUCAUCAGCGAGCAGGUCUCCCACCACCCCCCCAUCUCGGCGUGCCACGCAGAGUCCGAGAACUUCGUCUUCUGGCAAGACAUGAAGUGGAAGAACAAGUUCUGGGGCAAAUCCCUGGAGAUUGUGCCCGUGGGCACCAUCAAUGUCAGCCUGCCCAGGUUUGGGGACCACUUUGAGUGGAACAAGGUGACGUCCUGUAUUCACAACAUCCUGAGCGGCCAGCGCUGGAUAGAGCACUACGGCGAGGUGCUGAUCCGAAACACACAGGACAGCUCCUGCCACUGCAAGAUCACCUUCUGCAAGGCCAAGUACUGGAGCUCCACCGUGCACGAGGUGCAGGGCGCCGUGCUGAGCCGCAGCGGCCGCGUGCUCCACCGCCUGUUCGGCAAGUGGCACGAGGGCCUGUACCGGGGCCUCCCGCCAGGGGGCCAGUGCAUCUGGAAGCCCAACUCAAUGCCUCCGGACCAUGAGCGCAACUUCGGCUUCACCCAGUUCGCCUUGGAGCUGAAUGAGCUGACGGCGGAGCUGAAGCGGACGCUGCCAUCCACGGACACGCGGCUGCGGCCGGACCAGAGGUACCUGGAAGAGGGCAACGUCCAGGCCGCCGAGGCGCAGAAGCGCAGGAUCGAGCAGCUGCAGCGGGACAGGCGGCGGGUGAUGGAGGAGAACAACAUCGUGCACCAGGCGCGCUUCUUCAGCAGGCUCGCCGCCCCGGCACCGGCACGUAAGCCCCUCCCGCUGCCGCCCCUUCCCGCGCCCCGCGGGGUGCCUGGGGGCUCCAGGAUCUGCCCCCCACUCAGUGCCUUCCUAGGACACAGGAGACCCUCGAUGCGCCCGCUGCGCCCCGGGCGGCGCCCGCCGGAGUGCCGGAGAGGAGGCGGCCCCGCUCGGCAUCUCCGGGGCGCUCUCCAGCUCCCUGGUCCUUGGCACCCAUGUCCUCCUGCAGCUUCCAGCUCUUCUGUCCCCAGGCCUCAAGCAGCUCCCCCCGCGGGGAGCCCUCUCCAAGAGGCGGGGACAGCCGAGGGCCUGGCUCAGACACCCCUGAACCUCCCGCCCCGGCGGGGGAGCCAGUGCGCAUGCGUGCAUGGCUGCGCAGGUGCGUGCGUGCCUGCGUAGGUGCGUGCGUGCGUGCGUGCCGUGUCCUGCUUGCGGGCAAGCGGGAGUCCUCUAUAACCCGGAUGCCACUGCUCCAGGGUAUCCGCCAUGUUUGCUCAUGUUCUCACUUUGCCUCUCAGUCAGGUGAAUUGCUGUGACAUUCCAAGCUCCAAUAAAAGAGUUUGACCUGUGA